UGUCCUAAAAAUAAGUGGGGAAACAGUUGUGAGAAUGACUGCAAGUGUGAGCACAACUCUAAGUGCGAUGCCGUGACCGGGGUUUGUACGUGCGCUCCCGGUUGGCAGGGACCCAAUUGCGAUUCACCAUGCUCAACUGGAUUCUACGGCUAUCAUUGCAUACAAAACUGCCGGUGCGAACACGGAGACUGUGACCACAUUACGGGCGCCUGCAUCUGCCACGCCGGCUAUAGGGGCCCACUAUGCAAAGAGAAGUGCUCUCCGGGAACCCAUGGCGACCAAUGCACGAGUCAAUGCUUGUGUCAGAAUGACGGACAGUGCGAUCACGUAUCGGGCAGUUGCCAGUGUCCGCCCGGAUGGAUGGGCGAGUUUUGCACAAAUAGUUGCACUUUAGUUGAAAAGUGGGGAAAUAAUUGCACACAACAUUGCAACUGCUAUAACGGCGGCACUUGUGAUCCAAUCAACGGCACUUGUAUUUGUAAAUACGGCUACAAAGGGGAGCGUUGCGAAGAGGAGUGUCCGCCCGGCACUUAUGGUCUUAACUGCGAGAAGAAGUGCAAAUGCUUUAACGGCGGUGUUUGCGAUCCCGAAGACGGCCAUUGCGUUUGCAAAGAC